GAGCUGUCGAGCGACGACUCCUCCAGCCUAUACCUCAUCUUUACUGUUCACAACGCCAUCGCAAUGGUACCACGCCCAACCGUAUUCGGAAGGGGUCGUCUCUCGACUAGCGAUGAUGACUCCGAGGAAUAUCUCCUAGGUGACAAUUCGAGCACGUCUCGUACCAAACAUACUUGGUGUAGAGUACUGGCGAUAGCUCAAACGUGCACCACCCUGCUUUUAACGGUGAUCCUCCUACAAAACGGCGGUGUCGUCCGCCGACAGGAAGGACUUGCCGCAGCAACUGCUUAUGGUAAUCUCGAUGAAAAGAUUAGAUUCAUACAAAAGCCUUUUGUGAAUCCCAUACAGCCUAGCGACGACGGUGAGCAUUUAGAAAUCUGGUGGGAUCAGUCUUCCACCAGAUACGCCGGUCCACCAAGCUUAGCGGUCGACCUGGCUUGGGACGCCCUCCUUACGAACACGGUUUUCAAUGUGUCAAUACACGAUGAAGUCGCCAAACCCGCGUUGACCAGAACCUAUAUAUACGAGGACGGCAACAUUACGCUUGGGUUUGAAGUAUACCACGCGUUGCACUGUCUGAACGUGAUUCGACUCAUGCUAGACCCAGAGACCUACAUCUUCAACGAACUAGCACAAGAGACCUCCAUUCACCGAUACCAUUGCAUGGACUAUCUCCGUCAGUACAUACAAUGCAAUGCCGAUCUAACCCCUAUGUUUGCUUUCAAGAAAGGAGAUCAUGCACUGUUGCUAAAGCCAUAUGCACUCCACAGCUGUCGCGACAUCGAUCAACUCAAUGGGUGGAUAUCAGAGCACCGAACGUCGACAGUUUGAAUGUAGAUAGUCACGCUGCACUCACCGAUAUGCCAAUGAAAGGUGAAAUAGAGCCGCU